AUGGCACUGCAACUGCAAAUCGAAAAACUCAAAGGUCUGGACAACUAUAAGGCCUGGUCGAUGACGGUUAGGGCUUAUUUGGAGUCUGAGGAUCUAUGGUCUGUGGUGGAGAAUGGUCCAGAGAACAACGAGGAGUCUUUGCUGAAAGACAAGCGUGCCAAGUUUUUGAUUCUCUGCCUAAUCGAGACGAAGUUGUGCCAGUUUAUGGUCAGCAUCCGCACGGCUCGGGAUUUGUGGAAUUAUUUACGCACCCAGCACUCACUCCGAUAAAAUCAAUCGAUCAGUUUAUAUCCAUUGUUAUAUUAAAACUAUUAAAAUUACAAUUUAAAUUCA